AUGAGGCAACGUAAUUACGAUACUGAAUCCAUUCAGCAGUUCAAGAAACUCUACGAUUCUCGACAACAUGCAAUGGAAGAAGCAGAAACGUUUCGCUCUGAACGUGACAAGGUGCAACACAAUAUUCGAAGCGCGCAGUCCAAAGAAGAACGACAAAAGUACAUUAACGAAGCCAAGCAGUGGAAAGAACGGUUACGUUUGGUGGACGAGCACUUGACCAAACUUGACCGCGAUCUGUUGAAUCAUGCUUUGCUUCUUCCAAACGACACGCAUCCCGAUGCUCCUGUGGGUUCGGAAGAUAAAGCCACGACGGUGAAAAUAGUGGGCGAAAAACGCAAGGCUGAGUUCCCGCUGUUGGACCACUUGACGUUGGCCGAGCGAUUGGAUAUGGUCAAUUUUGAACAAGCCGCUUUGGUAAGCGGGUCCAAAUUUUAUUAUCUCAAAAACAACGGCGUAUGGUUGGAAUUCGCCUUGAUCCAAUAUGCGCUCGAAAAAGCCGCUCAGCAUGGAUUCACACCUGUUAUCACCCCCGAUGUCGUACGCACGUCCAUCGCUUACGGCUGCGGAUUCCAACCACGGAAAAAGGAAGCGUCACAGAUCUAUGACGUGUCCACCACCAGUACAUUGAAUACCAGUGCACCCAACCUGUGUUUAACCGGCACUGCCGAAAUUCCACUCGCCGGCAUGUUUGCACAGCAACUGUUUAAAGAAGAAGAAUUGCCCAAACGCGUGGUCGGCUUUGGUCGUGCUUUCCGCGCCGAAGCAGGUCACGGAUCAGCUGAAGAACGAGGAUUAUAUCGCGUGCAUCAAUUUUCAAAGGUCGAACUGUUUGCCGUCACCACACCUCAACAAAGUGAAUCCAUAUUGCAGGAAUUUCAAAAGUUACAAGAGCAACUCUUUGGCGACCUCGGAUUAUGCUUCCGGGUACUGGAUAUGCCAACCGAAGAACUGGGCGCUAGCGCUUACAGAAAAUACGACAUUGAAGCAUGGAUGCCCGGCAAAAAUGGCUGGGGCGAGAUUUCCUCCACUUCCAACUGUACCGAUUAUCAGACGAGACGAUUGGAUACCCGAUUUUUGUCGGCUGGAUUCAAAGAGAACGUGGGAACAAAGGAUGUAAGAGUGCCCUGGCACAUCAAGGAAAAGUGGGUAGACUAUUGCCACACCUUGAACGGUACCGCCAUGGCCGUACCUCGUGUCAUCAUUGCCUUACUGGAAACACACCAACGCCAAGAUGGCAGCAUUGAUGUCCCGCCCGUGCUAAGAAGAUACAUUCCUGGCCAACCCAGUGUAUUGGCAUAA